AUGGAAUCCCUCUCAGACACACAGUGGGAUGUAGUGAUCAGCGGCACAGGGCUACAGCAGUCCCUUCUGGCCCUAGCUCUUUCGCGGUCGGGGAAGAAUGUCCUCCACGUCGACCCUAACGAGUACUAUGGCGGUGCCGAGGCUGCGUUGAGUCUUCAGGAGGCGGAUGACUGGGCUGCGAGGCACAGCGGUCCGGAUGCCACUCCGUUUGCUGGAGCGCAGAUUACCAAGGAGAGUGAAGGUCUUGCAGCUUCACGAUCGUAUAAUAUUCCUUUAGCUCCGCAGCUGAUCCUCGCACAAUCUGAGUUGGUUAACCAGUUGGUUUCGUCGAAGGCCUUUCGGCAGAUCGAGUUCCUGGCCGUCGGGUCGUUCUUCAUCUAUCAGGCCGCUGGGGCAUCCUCAGAGCCAACACUCAGUCGGAUACCGUCCACGAGAGAAGAUGUCUUCUCCAAUACCACUAUUCCAGCUCGUGCGAAGCGCUCGUUGAUGAAGUUUCUCAAGUUUGUUCUUGAUUAUGACACCGAGUCGCAGGCUGAGUUGUGGAAACCGAGCGAAUCAGAACCACUUGCCGAGUUCCUGGAAAGGGAAUUCAAAUUGGAUGGUGACUUGCAGUCAUAUGUCGUCACCCUAACUCUCUCCGCAGAUGGCAAAAUCUCGGUAGGCGAUGGGUUGGCCGCUAUUCAUCGUCAUCUUACCUCUAUGGGCAUGUUCGGAGCUGGCUUCGCGGCCGUGUAUCCCAAAUGGGGGGGCCUGUCAGAAGUGGCUCAGGUAGGUUGUCGUGCCGGUGCUGUUGGCGGCGCUGUUUACAUGUUGGGGACUGGCAUCUCCGAGGUGCAGCGCAUGGAUUCUGACGGCGAGACAAACGUCCAAGUUUCUCUCGCCAACGGCGUGGUCGUAAAGUCAAAAACUUUAGUCCAAAGCACCAAAGAGACUUCAACCGAUAGUGUCCUUCUCAGCAGACUCAUCGCUGUUGUCAACUCCCCCGUGCCCAGCGUGUUGCAAGUCGUUGUUGAGGGUGCCCCAACACCAUGCGCAGCAGUAGUAGCAUUCCCUGUCGGUUCCAUUUCAACUGAUGAUGGCACUGCCUCUGGGUUUCCCAUUUAUGCCUUGGUUCAUUCCAGUGAUACUGGUGAAUGUCCAGCCGGACAAUGCAUCGUGUAUCUGAGCACAGUCUCUAGCUCCACUUCCAAGAGUCUUCUGAGUAAUGCACUCUCAUCUUUCCUGAACGCAAUCCCAACAUCUGAGCCGCCUGAAUGCCUCUGGCGGAUGCAUUAUGAACAAGUAACUGGUACAGGCUCCUUUGCCUCGGAAGACAAUAUUGGAACCUUUGACUGGAUAACGUCCGAUUUGGCUCUCAACGACUCUAUCCUACAGUAUGUGAAAAAGGCAUGGCAAUUUGUUGGUGGGGCUGAUGAAGAAAAUUACAUGCAAUUUGAGGAUAGGGAAGGCGUUAAUGAUGACGAUGAUGCAUUUGUUAACUAA